AUGGCGGUACAACGGUCGACCCCCUCCAGAUCGCCACCCGCGACGGCAGACACCCGUCCCUCUGGAACAGGGUCCACACCGGAUGAUAAGCAGCACCUACCGCAGACGUCUCCGGAGCGGCUUGCUGCAGAAGCCGCUGAUCGUCAGGACGCGGACGAGGGGGCCAAGCCGGACACGAUCCUGUACCUGGCCUACGGGUCGAACAUGGCGGCGCAGACCUUCCAGGGCAUGCGAGGCAUCCGGCCGCUAUCACAAGUCAACGUCUCGGUCCCGACGCUCCGCCUGACCUUCGAUCUCCCCGGCAUCCCGUAUAGGGAACCUUGCUUUGCCAAUGUAGACUUUAGAAAAAUGCCCGAGAAGCCGAUACUUCCCACCCCGCCGCUGCCGCUCCCCGAGUGGGACGGUGGACUGAUGGGUGUCGUGUAUGAAGUUACCAAGUCAGACUAUCGCGAUAUCAUGCGAACUGAAGGCGGAGGCACCAGCUACAAGGAGAUUUACGUCCCAUGCAUCCCGCUCCCGGCUGGUGUUCAGAUCCCCGAGAGGCCACCGUUCGACAAGCUUCCCAAGCCAUUCGUCGCAAGAACCCUCUACUGCCCGUCCCUGCCACAAGACAUCCCAGUCAAGCGCAAGUGGUGGCAGCGACUAUUCUCGCGUCCCAACCGAUCAGGCAGCGGUGCCCAGGCUAGCGAACGGUAUCUCAACCUGCUCAGGGACGGCGCGCGGGAGCAUGAGCUCCCGGAGGUCUAUCAGAAGUAUCUCAACUCUCUCCAGUCGUACCAAAUCACCUCCUGGAGGCAGAUGGUCGGCCAGGUCCUGCUUCUUAGCAUUGGAGGGCCCGCCUUCCUCACAAUGGUCACGAUCGGACGGUUCUUUGCCGACGAGAACGGCAAGUUCCCGGCAGUACUGGCCGCCGGCAUGAGUUUCAUCUUCAAUGCCAUCUGGGGCGCGUACGACUGUGUCUUCAAACCCCUGUUUGGCGACGGUGAGCGGACGAUGGAGCCAGGCAAGACGAGAGCAGGGGUGGUUGCGGCUGAAAGAAGACCCUUACUGGGGUGA